UUGUUCCGUUUCUGGGCGUCCGGUGGAGGCGAGGUUGGUGAUUUGACGGCUCCGCUGGUGCGGGACGGAAGACGCGUCCAGUCAGAGCCCCUCCCUAGUGGAGAGCGGGGACUCCGAGCUGCUUGCGUUGGUGUCCCUCUCCAAGCCGGUACCCGGCAGGGGAGGAGGUCGUCCCAGGCUUUGUUUUGUCGGAGGGUUCCGUCAUGGCGUCCCAGCCUAAUUCCUCCUCGAAGAAGAAAGAGGAGAAGGGGAAGAACAUCCAGGUGGUGGUGAGAUGCAGACCAUUUAAUUUGGCAGAGCGGAAAGCAUGCGCCCACUCUGUAGUAGAAUGUGAUCAUGUACGAAAAGAAGUUAGUGUACGAACUGGAGGACUGGCUGACAAGAGCUCAAGGAAAACAUAUACUUUUGAUAUGGUUUUUGGAGCAUCUACUAAACAAAUAGAUGUCUAUCGAAGUGUUGUUUGUCCAAUUCUGGAUGAAGUUAUUAUGGGCUAUAACUGCACUAUUUUUGCAUACGGCCAAACUGGCACUGGAAAAACCUUUACAAUGGAAGGUGAAAGGUCACCUAAUGAAGAAUAUACUUGGGAGGAGGAUCCUUUGGCUGGUAUAAUUCCACGUACUCUUCAUCAGAUUUUUGAGAAACUUACUGAUAAUGGUACUGAAUUUUCCGUCAAAGUGUCUUUGUUGGAAAUCUAUAAUGAAGAACUUUUUGACCUCCUUAAUCCAUCCUCUGAUGUUUCUGAGAGACUACAGAUGUUUGAUGAUCCUCGUAACAAGAGGGGAGUGAUAAUCAAAGGUUUAGAAGAAAUUACAGUACACAACAAGGAUGAAGUUUAUCAAAUUUUGGAGAAGGGAGCGGCAAAAAGGACAACUGCAGCAACAUUAAUGAAUGCAUACUCUAGUCGUUCCCACUCCGUUUUCUCCGUUACAAUACAUAUGAAAGAAACUACAAUUGAUGGGGAGGAGCUUGUUAAAAUUGGAAAGUUGAACUUGGUUGAUCUUGCAGGAAGUGAAAAUAUUGGCCGUUCUGGAGCAGUUGACAAGAGAGCUCGGGAAGCUGGAAAUAUCAAUCAAUCCCUGUUGACUUUGGGAAGGGUUAUUACUGCACUUGUAGAAAGAACACCUCACGUUCCCUACCGAGAAUCUAAACUAACUAGAAUCCUCCAGGAUUCUCUUGGGGGACGUACAAGAACAUCUAUAAUUGCAACAAUUUCUCCUGCAUCGCUCAAUCUUGAGGAAACUCUGAGUACAUUGGAAUAUGCUCACAGAGCAAAGAACAUACUGAAUAAGCCUGAAGUUAACCAAAAACUAACCAAAAAAGCCCUGAUUAAGGAAUAUACAGAAGAGAUAGAGCGUCUGAAGCGAGAUCUUGCCGCAGCCCGUGAAAAAAAUGGGGUGUACAUUUCUGAAGAAAAUUUUAGAGUCAUGAAUGGAAAACUAACUGUUCAAGAAGAACAGAUUGUAGAAUUGACUGAAAAAAUUGGUGCCCUUGAGGAGGAGCUAAGUAGGGUUUCAGAAUUGUUCAUGGAUAAUAAAAAUGAACUUGACCAGUGUAAAUCUGACCUGCAAAAUAAGACACAGGAGCUUAAAACCACUCAAAAACAUUUACAAGAAACUAAACUACAGCUUGUUAAAGAAGAGUAUAUCACAUCAGUUUUGGAAAGUACUGAGAAGAAACUUCAUGAUACUGCCAGCAAGUUGCUUAACACAGUUGAAGAAACUACAAAAGAUGUAUCUGGUCUCCAUACCAAGCUGGACCGUAAGAAGGCAGUUGAUCAGCACAAUGCAGAAGCUCAGGAUAUUUUUGGCAAAAAUCUGAAUAGUCUUUUUAAUAGUAUGAAAGAAUUAAUAAAGGAUGGCAGUUCAAAACAAAAGGCUAUGUUGGAAGUUCACAAGACCUUGUUUGGUAACCUGCUGUCUUCCAGUGUUUCUGCAUUAGACACCAUUGCUACGAUAGCACUUGGAUCUCUCACAUGUAUUCCAGAAAAUGUGUCUACACAUGUUUCUCAGAUUUCUGAUAUGAUAUUAAAAGAACAGUCAAUUGCAGAAGAAAGUAAAACUGUACUUCAGACAUUGAUUAAUGUACUUAAGACUGACCUUCUAAGUUCACUGGAAACAAUUUUAUCCCCCACUGUGUUGGCUAUACUGAAAAUUGAUAGUCAGCUCAAGCAUAUUUUCAAGACUUCACUGACAGUGGCUAAUAAGAUAGAAGAUCAGAAAAAGGAAAUGGAUGGCUUUCUCAGUAUGCUCUCUGACAAUCUACGUGAACUACAAGAAAAUACGAUUUCUUCCUUGGCUGAGUCACAGAAGCUAUGUGAAAAUUUAACUGAAGACCUGAAGACAAUAAAGAAAAUCCAUUCACAGGAACUUUGCCAGUUAAUCAAUCUUUGGGGAGAGAGGUUCUGUGCUUUGGAGGAAAAGUGUGAAAACAUCCAGAAACCACUUAAGAAUAUCCAAGAAAAUACAGAGCAGAAAUCUAAGGAUAUAAUCAGCAACACAACUUCUCACAGUACGAAAUUCUGUGCUGAUUGUGAUGACUUAUCACAGGAACUCAGACAUUUUAGCCAAGAAGGUACACAGUUGGUUGAAGAGUGUGCGAAACACUGUGUUAAACUCAACAGCAACCUUGAAAUAACAUCUCAAGAGACUGAACAGAGAUGUGAAGCUCUGAACACAAGUGUACUUGGUUUUUCUGAACAGUGGCUAUCUUGCUUAAACAAAAGGGCAGAGGAAAUUCAGAACCUAUUGGAGGUUGUAAACCAAGGUUGUGAGGCUUCAAGUUCAAAGAUUACUGAAAAAUUAAGUGAACACGAAGCAGCUAAUGAGAAACAGCGUAACGUUUUUCUUGGUCAGAUAAAUAUGGAUGAAGAAAAAUUAAUGGCACAAAAUCUAGAACUUAAUGAAAACAUAAAAAUUGGUUUGACGAAGCUUAAUUGCUUUCUACAUCAAGAUCUGAAACUGGAUAUCCCAACAGGUACAACACCACAGAGGAAGAAUUAUUUAUACCCGUCAACACUGGUGAGAACUGAACCACGCAAACAGCUCCUUGACCAGUUGAAAAAGCAACAGCCUGAGCUGUUAAUGAUGAUAAACUGUUCAGAAAACAAAGAAGACAGCAGCCAGGACUCAGAUGAAGAAAAGGCAGUUCUGGAGCACACUACAGAAGAACCUCUAAGUCAGGAGCCAUCUGUAGAUGCCAAUGUGGAUUGUUCAUCAAGUGGUGGGGUUCCAUUUUUCCAGCAUAAAAAAUCACAUGGAAAGGACAAAGAAAAUAGAGGCAUUAAUCCAGUGGAGAGGUCUAAAGUCGAAGAAACUACUGAGCAAUCUGUUACAAAGAGCAGAUUACCUCUACGGGCCCAGAUAAAUGUUUAGAUAACUUGAGGGUUUUGAUUAUAUUUUUAAGAAAAUUGAAAACUAAAACCCGUAACCCCAGAACUUGAGCCUUGUGUAUAGAUUAAAAACAGUAGAAAACCUCAAGGCAAUACUGUAAAUUUACUUACAUUUAAUGUUUCUACUCAUUUUUUCUGUCAUCCCUCUGUAAUUCACUAUAUAUUAAGUUGGGUUUCAUUUGGAAUUUUCAUUGACUACGUAUUUCUAGGUUUUGCUAUAAAAUUGUCUUUUCAUAACAAAUGAAAAAUAUUUUUCUUGUCUAUUACUAAAUAGCAAAUGUACAGAAGCGUCACUGUUAUUCUAGGAUUGAACUUACAGAUAAAUAUCACCAGUAGUUGGUCUCGGGAAGGACCUUCUCUCUCUUUUGUUUUUGGUAUGAUUGAAUUAUGUCUAUAUUUGCUUGCCUCCUUCCUAGACUUUUCAUUCUGCCUUCUUAGCUCAAUUUCUCCCAUUUUAUUUAUCAAUAAACCAUUUGUAGAGCUCCAGAGUGGUAUCCAUUAUUGUUAUAAAAUAGUCAGAAUUUUACCUGGAUACCUUUAAUAGUUUUCUGUGGUUAUUUCUAAAAUCACUGUCAACAAUAAACAACCCUAGAAGGUCUUUUCAGUAUUUUUAAUUUGUUCCCCUGUAGGUGUGAAAGCAUUUAAUUCCUUUAUGAGGCCAAACACAUGAGCCUCCACAGAGCUCUUGUUAUUAUGGGAGGCUACCUAGAUCUCUGAAGGGCUGGGUAACCCUGUCAUAAUGCCUGCCUGUGUCUUGUGCAGAAAGUCACAGUGGUUUAAGGGCUUUUUGAGCUAUUAAUUAUGAUUAUAAUUUGUAUUCCUUUGUUUACCUGAUGAAACUUUGUAUUCUUUGUAUAUAAUAAAAUGUGUAUAUGUAUAUUUUUCCUAUUGAAACAUUAACCUUUAAAAGAGCUCUGACAAUUUUGAUCUGACAACCAAAUUUCUGGAAGUUGAGAUAUUUCAGCAUGAACAACCAGAACAUUUAGGAGGAAUUAAAUAGUCCCCUCUUAUCCACAGUUUUGCUUUGUAGUUUCAGUUAAUCACGGUCCAAAAAUAUUAAAUGGAAAAUUCAAGAAAUAAACAAUUCAUAAGUUUUAAAUUGCACACCUUUCUGAGUAAAAUGGUGAAAUCUUGCGCCGCCCUGCUCCAUCCCACCCGGGAUGUGAAUCAUCUUUGUCCAGCAUCCCCACGCUGCAUGCGUUGCUGCUCUGUUAGUCAGUAGCAGCCUCCAUUGUCAGAUUGUUGCGGUGCAGCAGUGCUCCUCUUCAAGGAACCCUCAUUUUCUCAUUUUACUUCAUGCCCCCCAAACAUAAGAGCACUGGUGCUGGCAAUUUGGUUAUGUUAAAAAGAAGCCGGAAAGUGCAUCUUGUAAGUGAAAAAAUGAAAGUUCUCCACGUAAGAAAAUAAAAAACCAUACUCUGAAGUUGCUAAGACCUACAAUAAGAACAAAUUUUCUGUCUGUGAAAUUGUGAAGAAGGGAAAAGAAAUUUGUGCUAGUUUUGCUGUUGCACCUCAAACUGCAAAAAUUAUGGCCACAGUGUGCGAUAAAUGCUUAGUUGAGACAGAGAAGGCAUUCAGUUUGUGGGUAAAAGACAUGAACAGCAAAUGUGCUAGAAAACAUUGAGCAUAUACGAACACUUUAAGGGAGCUUCUGAAAUGAAUAAUACUUUAUUUACUGCAAGUCAGGGACAGUUACCUAUUCAGGAAUAGGUUUGGAUUGAAAAGUGUAAAAAUUACUGGAGAGGCUGUCUGCUGAGGAAGAAGUUGCUACCACAUUUCUGGUAGAGUUGGAGUUGAUUAGGUUUGGUACUAUCCAUAGUUGCAGGCAUCCACUGGGGUGGGAAUGUUUUCUGUGUGGGUUAGGGGUGACUACUGUAUGUGCAAAGAAGAAAUUAUGUGCCCAUGUUAAACAUAAAUUUAGAGAGGUAUAAAUUUGAUAGCCAAGUAAAAUCAAACUCUAUUAGAGAAUUAGAAAAUGUGCUACUUUGAGGAAUAAGUUUACCUUGCAGAAGUAUUCUCUUUAUAAAAAUGAUAUUUCUUUACAAAAUCAUAUGUCAAUGGAAGCUAUGGAUAAUAUCUAAUAAAAUAAACUGCCCUCAGUAAAUCCAUGAUUAAUAAAUUUGGUUUGUAUGUUAAA